UAUCACUUGGUUUUUUUUGUGAUUGUUUCUGUUUCAAGUGGGGGCAAUCCAACUUUGGCUAUUUCACUUGGUUGCACCUUAGGCCGCGUUUGGAUGCAAUAUCGAAUCGACUUGCAAUAACUGGUUUGAUGAAGUGGCGAUGGCCCAAUUGCAGUUACCUUCUUUAGUAUCCAUGUUGAGGGGUUCGGCUCGAAAUUGCAUCUGCUUUGGUUCCAGGUUGGAAUUGAAAGGAAUUUAACUGCAAAUUUGUUCGACCCUGGAUAUUUCACUUGGUUGCAACUUAGGCUGCGUUUGGAUGCGAUAUCAAAGGAACUGCAAUAACUAGUUUGAUGAAGUGGCGAUGGCCCAAUUGCAUUUUCUUUAGUAUCUGUGUUGAGGUGUUGAGCUUGAAUUGCGAUCGCGUUAGUUCCAAGUUGGAUUGAAAGGAAUUUAACUGCAAUUUGUGGGCUGCUUUGUUGUUAUGAACAUGAAAGGGAGGUAAUUACAAGUUGGUUGUUUCCUCUAUAUUGAAGUAAGUAUUGCAAUUCAAUUGAAUAGUGCAUCCAAAUGCAGCCAUAGUUAUUUCAAUCUGAACUGAUUGUACAUCCAAAUGCUGCCUUAAUAUCUCCUCUUGCAUGUUUCCUCACCUACAAAAGCUCCCUUUCACACCCUUCAAACAUUCUCUCCCCAUGAUAGUAUUUACUUCGAUGCUAUCCUCUCCUUCUCUUUCAUCUCUUUCUUCUUCUCAUGUUGGCAAACAAAACCCAGAACCUGUAACACACAUUGUGAAUCAAAUACACCGUUUGAUCAAACGACCCAACUGGAAAUAUGAUGAGAGUUUGAAGCCGCUGGUUUCGCAUUUAACACCUGAUGCUGCUGUUAAGGUUAUAGAGCUUCAGCGUGGGAAUACCAAUUUGGGUCUUAACUUUUUUAAGUGGGUGUGCAAGCAGUCCACUUAUUGUUAUGAUUUGGAUAGCAAGAUAUGUUUCUUGAAGUUAUUAGUUGCUUCAAAUCUAUUUAGAGUAGCGGAACGGGCAGUAGUUAUGACGGUUAAAGAAUGUAGUGACAGUGGUAGUGAGGGAGAUGAGAUUAUGAAGCUAAUGGAUGUGCUUUACGAGCUGCGUGGAGUGGGAUUUAGGCUUAGUUACCCAUGUUAUUGCACUCUUUUGAUGUGUUUGGCAAAGUUUGGUAAGGGUCUGGUAGCUUUUUCAGCCUAUUCGAGAAUGUUGGUAGAUGGGCUUGUUCCGGGGUUUGUUGUUUACAAGACCAUGAUCAAUGUGCUUUGUAAGAGCAGUUGUGUUCGGGCAGCUGAAAUGUUCCUUUGCUGGAUCUUGAAAGCAGGUUUUGAUCCGGAUACUCAUGUUUAUACUUCUUUGGUGUUGGGAUACUGUAGGGCGGGGGUGCUUUGUGAGGCGUAUCGGGUGUUUGAAUUGAUGUCUGAAGAAGGGUGUCAUCCGAAUUCUGUUACAUACUCAAUACUAAUUCACGGUCUUUGCAAAGAUGGUAAGCUUGAAGAAGCCUUUCAGUUGCAGCGGGAAAUGAUUGAGAAAGGCCACAAACCAAAUGUAUAUACGUAUACAGUCCUCAUCAAGGUCAUGUGUAGUAUUCGAUCUAUCAAUCAGGCAUUUUCUUUGCUAGAUGAGAUGGUUGGAAGUGGAUGUAAGCCGAAUACCCAUACUUAUACAAUAUUAAUAGACAUGUUAUGUAGGGAAAGAAAGCUUGAAGAGGCUUAUGGAAUGUUCAAGAAAAUGCUUGAAGUUGGCUUAUUUCCUAGCACGAUUACUUACAAUGCAUUGAUAAAUGGCUACUGCAAAGAAGGGCGGGUUGCUUCUGCUUUUGAGCUUCUUAGUAUGAUGGAGAAACAAAACUGCAGGCCUAAUAUACGGACAUACAAUGAGCUUAUUGAUGGGUUGUGCAGAGUGCGGAUGGCAUACAAAGCGAUGUCACUGUUGAGAAGGGUAGUUAAUAAUGGUCUGCUACCCAACAGCAUAACUUAUAAUAUUCUAGUAGAUGGAUUUUGCAAAGAAGGCCAACUUGAUAUAGCUUUCAAUCUAUAUAAUGUUAUGAACUCUGUCUGUCUAGAGCCCGAUGAAUUCACAUUCACGGGCCUUAUUGAUGGGCUUUGUAAAGAAGGGAAACCGGAUGAAGCACAUGAACUUUUGAGUGAGAUGGUAGAGAAGGGAAUUUGUCCCGAUGAAGUGACUUUUACUGCUUUAAUUGAUGGUUUUUGCAAGAAUGGGAAGAUGGCAAGUGCAUUUUCACUACUCGAGAGGAUGGCUGAGAGUGGUUGUCCACCCACUACUCAUAUAUUCAACUCAUUUAUUGAUGCUCUUGGCAAAGAAAAUAAGCUGCUCGAGGAACACAUGAUGUUUGGUAAAAUGCUGAAGUAUGGCUUAGUUCCUUCCGUGGUCACAUAUACAAUACUAAUAGAUGGGCUUUUCCGUGUGGGAGAGGUUAGCCUAUCCUUCGAUGUUUUAGAAUUGAUGAAGCGAGCAGGCUGCCCUCCUAAUGUCAAUACUUAUACUGUCUUGAUCGAUGGUCUUUGCCGGAAUGGAAGAGAGAGGGAGGCGGAGAUGCUUUUCCAUAGUUUAUGUGAUUUGGGUGUACUUCCAAAUCAUGUGACAUAUACUGUACUGGUGAAAGCACAUGUUAAAGCUGGGAAAUUGGAUCGUGCCUUCGAGAUUCUAAAUAUCAUGAUUCAAAAGGGUUGCCGACCCAACCAUCGCAUUUAUUGUAUGUUGUUGAAAGGAUUACUUGUGUCAGGUAAGGGUGUUGAAACGGGAGCAACUCUAGUAUGGAAUGUAGUGAGUGGAUUAGAUAUAGAAGAGCAUGGAGGCAAUUGGUAUUCCAAACAUGUCUUCAGGGAAAUAAAUAUCGAACACGCGCUCGAGCUCAGAGACAGGAUUGAGAGGUGUGGCGGGCCUACUGCUGAUUUGUACAAUGUGUUGGUGAUUGGGUUAUGCAGGGAAGGAAGAAUGACUGAAGCAAAUCAAGUAAUCCAAGAUAUGGUGAAAAGAGGGUUCAUUCCUGAUAUGGCUGCUUAUGCUUCUAUUAUCAAAGGAUAUUGCAACGCGUGUUCUUUUGAUCAUUGCCUUGAAUUUUUGAACCAAAUGCUUGAAAAUGGUCAUGCGCCAUCCUUUUCAACGUAUUGUGUUGUGAUUCAAGGACUUUGUAAAGAAGGGAAAAUCCAAGAAGCACGAGCAUUGGCUGCCAACCUUUUACUGCACAGUGGUGUCACAGAUGAUGCUGCAUUCACACUGUUGAUGGAUUUUUUGAUGAAGGGAGAUGAGCCUGGUGGCUGCCUUGAGCUUCUGAAGCAGAUUGAGCAAAUGCACCGUAAAGAGAGGCCAAUGAUCUAGUGACUACGAUGUCAGUGGGAGAAUCUUUGAUAUUUGAGAUGAUUUGAACUUGAUUUCAUGGCCAUGGAUUGUCUCGAUUGUAUGUUUCUUUGUCCAUCUUAAGUUGUUGAAAGUGCCAAGUUUUCCAUGUUACCCCUUACUCCAUGAGCAAUUACAUGACCCUCUACAUGAGGGUUAUAUACUAUCCUUGGGUCAUUAAUUUGUGCAGAUGGGGUUCUUGAUCCUGUUAUCCAGACAUUGAUCUAAUGGCCCCACCAUUCAUGGACCAUGCCCGAAAAUCCCUCUGAUAGGAGAAUUCUGACCCUUUAAUUCAUGGCCUGCAACUAAAAAGUUAUGAAACAAAACAGCAAUCAGUGCGCAUUCAAUUGGAUGGCCAGGAUCUUCUAAAUGGGGAAAAAUUUUGGGAACUGAGCCACCAAUGUUGCUAUCCAUCCAAUUAAUGGUCUGGAGCACCAAACCAUGGCCCCCACCUAUUCAGACAGAGGACUCAAGGAAACUGUGCAUAUCCAUAUCCUCGGGUUGACAAUCAUAUGAUUCCUCUUACUAUAGUGAGUAAACACUGAUAAUGCGUCUUCCUUUCAUGACGUUACAUAAUUCAUGGGUGUAUUCUUUUGAUAGAUAAACAAUGGCAAAGGAUUUAAAGAGACUUGGUGCCUCUGCAUAUCAGGAACAUGACCAAAGAACUAUACUCUACAUGGUUUUUUGACUCGGUGACUCAUCUUGAUUAGUUUAGCUUCGAGUUGAUUCGCGACUUGCCUGAGUUGGGGGUGAUUAAGCCCAACUCGCCCGAGUUGGUGUUGAAUCAGUUGGUGACUUGUGGUAACUUGUUCACGCCUGAAACCGAGUCGACAUGGGCAAGUCAGAUGCAACUCGAACAAGUUGUCAAAACAUGAUACUCUACCACUGCAACUGCUUUGUGCCAGCAAGUGGAUUCGCACCACAGCAGGUUUACAUUCAUACAGUGGGUUGAAAUGUAUCGGCGUGUAUGCAAUGCAAUUGUCAAAAUAUCCUAGAUGAGAGAUGGAUUGACCAGACUUUAGCUCUUUCAGAUCUUGGAUUUCACACGGAUUAUGAGUUGUUGGUGCCCGACGAGGCCUUCUGAUUCGAAGGUUGUCUGAGAAGCAUCCUCCAUGAUCUCCGGUAAGACCUUCACCAGUUCUUCGAGCGCCGUCUUUGUCUUCUCCAUGAGAUCUCCAACUGCAGAGCCAGUCGAACUGAUAGACCCCGAAAUGGCUUCGAUAAGAAGAUUGAAAGCAGAUGAAAUGAGAGAGGAAACUGCAUCCAUCAGAAGCUCUAAAAGGUAUUCAAAAACUGCCUUCACAAUAUUUGAUGCGUACUCAAGUAAGGUGCUGAUGCCUUGGCCUGGGGCCCGGAGCCCUUGAAUGGCUAGGAUUAGAAGGUAGGCUCCACCCUUGAAGAUUACAAAGGAUACAAGGUCAGUCAAUGAACUCAAAGCCCAAAACAUGAAUUUUAUGAGAAAAACCGCCAUUUUUGUUUCAGCUUUGCUAGGAUUAGAGAAGGAUGUGGUUUUUUAGUAUAAGCUGCGUUGAAGUCUUACCGUGCAAGAAUCAAGUUCGGUGUCAGUUAAGUUAUAGUUUAUUGAGAUGAAUU